AUGGAUGUUGGAGCCGCUGGGAACAAUAAUGGAGGCUUUCAUGGCUACCGCAGGACAACCUCUGACACAAAACUGGACAACACCAGCCAGCCCAACCCCCACCCAACCGAGGAAGGGUCGGGUGAGUGCAUGGUUCGUGAGCAAGACCGUUUCAUGCCGAUUGCAAAUGUGAUACGCAUAAUGAGGCGCAUCCUUCCCCCGCACGCAAAGAUAUCAGACGACGCUAAGGAGACGAUUCAGGAGUGCGUGUCGGAGUACAUAAGCUUCAUCACGAGCGAGGCUAAUGACAGGUGUCAGCGUGAGCAGCGAAAGACCAUAACUGCAGAGGACAUCCUUUGGGCAAUGUCGAAACUCGGUUUUGACGACUAUAUCGAGCCCCUCACCAUUUACCUCCACCGCUACCGAGAGCUCGAUGGUGGGGACCGCGGCUCACUCCGUGGGGACCCCUUAUUAGCUGCAGUCAAGCGGGCCCCACUCUUCCACCAGCCACCGGCGAUGGCUUUUCACCAUGGCUUCUUUGGGGGACAGACGGUCAAUUUGGGUUUCUUCAAGGACAAUGGGAGUGUGGGGCCUUCACAGUUUCCUCACUGUCUUGGUGAUUCGUUCAAGUGUAGUGUAAAAGGAUGGUUGGGCUUACUAAAAUUCAAUGCACUGCCUUUUAUUUGA